UUGUCUCGCAUUUUUUAUUGUCUUCAGAGCAUGAUAAAAAGCGCCCUCUCAGUAACUUUUCAGAAGUGUCUACUAGCGCGCCAAGCACUAUUGCACCAAGUCCUGAUUGAGAGGUUGUCUUCAAAGGCCAGUAACAAAAACACAAUGAGUCUUAGUAAAGAUGCUAUGAAGCUUCACUUUAAAAUGGAGGGGUCCGUCAACGGACAUUGCUUCGAGAUCCAAGGAGUAGGAGAAGGGAAAGCAUUCGACGGGGAGCAUUGGUCUAAGCUUUGUGUUGUUAAGGGGAAGCAUCUACCGUUUUCCUUUGACAUCCUCAUGCCAAGCAUGUCUUACGGAACCAAGCAGUUCGCCAAGUACCCAGCUGGCAUGACUGACUUCUUCAAAGCUGCCGUGGAAAAUGGCGGGCUGAGCUGGGAACGAACCAUGACGUUCGAGGAUGGAGGCUACUGUACGAUCGUCAACACAUCAGAGCUCAAAGACGGCAGCCUUCAUUAUCACACCAUGUUCCACGGAAUCAACCUCAAACCGGACGGACCCGUAAUGCAGAAGAGGACGAUGGGGUGGUUACCAAGCGUGGAGACAAACAUCCCCCGGGAGACACUCUCCUCGGUGACAUCAACAUGCUCCUUAAAGUCAACGACGGCAGUUUUUUGCGCGUUCAGUUUGAGACGGUCUACAGGUUCAUGAAGCCCGUGCCUGCGGGAUUCAAGAUGCCACCGCACCACUUCAUGGCCUACAGACUGACAAGGGUUGACAACGACGAGCACUGUGACACUGUGAUUCAGCACGAGUGGUCCGAGGCGUUCUCCUGCUUCCUGCCGGAGAAACCCACCAUGCAGCUGCCCAAGCUGAAGUAGAUGCACGACUUAGCACGUGAUGAGCACGUGCUUAUACUAGUCCCCUUAUGUAGAGGAGCCUUAUAAUUAUACCACAGGCUGCAAAAGCUAGAGAAUUAGAUCACAUGAUAAGCACAGAGUACCUGUUUGUCUUAUCAUAACACAUGUUUACUCAAGCUGUAGUUUACCCCCAUCCUACCUAUAAUUGAUGUAUCCAUUUAUUAAAGACACUGAAAUCGA